CUUCUGAAAAAUACUUAUUGAUCAUCUCCAGUCCUGCACCCCAAAGUAGGACAGUCAGAUCAGACUCAUCGGGCUUUGUGGUGUAAACGGGUGGAGAAGAGCAUCGUUUCUUCCACAGUGAGCUAGAAUUACAAGUUUCUAUUUCUGUUUGCCAACAUGAAGCCAGCAGUGGUUCUGCUGGGCCUCAUCCUGCUGCUGGACACCACCUUCUCUGCAGAGGGUAAGUCUUGUGAAUUGUCUGGUUUAAAUGCUGGAUGUGCGAAGGCUAAUAAAUAUUGCAGGUAAUGUCAGUAAAAUUCUAUGCUGUCCAGUAUUAUAAGACGUUUUUAAGGUUAUUGAUGGAAGAUUUCCUCUGGAUUUGACUUGCCAUGGCGUUUCUGAUUUUCUGUUCAUAAAGGAUCAAAUGUUUUUAGUAUAAAAUAUUUUUAAUGUACUACAUAAACACCUUAUAACUGCAAAAAAAUAUCAUAUCAUAGUAUAAAAAAAUCAUAGUGCAGUCUCAAUUCUGAAAAACUGAUGUUAAAAAAAUUGGUGUCUUGCAUAUAAACCCCAUUUUAGCCGAAAAUAAUGCAAGUAGGCUACAACAUAUCAAAUGUCAAAACUGAAUAAAUGUACGGUUUCAGCAAAGAUACUGUUUUAAAUCUGAUGCCAGUGACAUAUUUCUAAUAAUGUGGUACUGGAAUAACAAAAGGCUUUCAGAAGUCGUGUAAUUCUUAAAAUAAAAACAACCAGAGGAACAUCUAAUUCAUGAGGUUAACAUGCCACCGGCUGGGAACAUGACUGGGUAUGAAAAGAGUAAUUUAUAGGUCUCUUGGGAGUGAAAAUGGGAAGACGUUCACCUUUUAGGGAGGAUUUUCCUGAGCAUAGUAUUGUAAAGAAUUUGGGUAUUUAGUCCUGAAAAUAUUCUGAGAAUCUUGAGAAAUGGAGGGAGAAGACCCCCAGGCAUCACUGCAGACAUGACUCUGGAGUGGAAAUCACUGCAUAGGUGACUCAAAAUUACUUUAAAAAAAACAAAAACACGCUGAGUAUCAUCUUGGCAUCCAAAAAUGCAGGUUCAAACUUUGAUGGAAAUUUUCUAACAGGAUACAGAAACACCUAUUUUACUGAUAACUUCUUAAAUGUUUUUGUACAUUAAGGGUUAAAAUACCGUAAACUUCUCUUGAAAAGUAAAGUUUAAAGAAUCCUUGAUUAGUAUGUAGCAGAUCUUUUGUCUCCGUUAAUAAAUGAUCCUCUCACUAUGACCCAGAUUUCUGUGACCCACUGUAAGGGCAUGUCCUAGAUUAAUGAUUUAAAUAUCAUGUAAAUAUAGCAUUUAAAACAAUGAAACAUGGCUACAACAUUAAACUGCUGCGUAUAAUACUCAUUUAAAGAAUCACCAUUCAAUGUGGGGUCGUUUUUUACAAUACUCUAGUUCUUUCACUUCCUCAAGGAAAUGAAAACUUCUUCUAGCACCUGUUGCUUCGUGGUAAAGUCUGACUGGUAUUCUUCAAAAAUAAAAAAAUAAACUACAUUUCCACAGAGUCCUGCGUGAGUCGCUGUGGCUCCUUCGACCCACAGAGGAAAUGUCAGUGUGACUCCAUGUGUGUGUACUACGGAAGCUGCUGUGCCGACUUUGACGCUGUGUGCCCUAAAAAAAGUCAGUACACUCACAGAUCACUACUUCAUACUACUCCAUGAACCAAAUCACAAAUCAAAAAUAAGUUUGAUACUGAAUCUUUUUUCUUCUGCUCUGCCUCCAGUCGCUCGCGGUGAUACCUUUGAGGAAGCAGAGGAACUACCUGAAGCAGUGAUGAAUCCCAACACCACAACUAUCACACCAACUUUCAACACGAUUGCACCAACCACCCCUGCCUCCCCACCGCCCACCACCACACUACAGCCCACACCUCCUGUAGACCCUAAUGCAGCGCCAUGCAGCGGUCGGCCAUUUGAUGCUUUCUUACAGCUGAAGAACGGGUCUAUCUACGCAUUUAGAGGUAAACUAAUCUCAAAACAUUUAAAUACAAAUCUGGACUUCAGUACACUGGACUUUUCAUGUGAUUACUUUUGGAGUUUGAUGUAUGAUACUGAUCGAAAGUCUACCUUUCCUCUAAGGUGAAUAUUUCUUUGAGUUGGAUGACAAGUCCAUACUUCCUGGUUACCCCAAACUUAUUCAGGAUGUCUGGGGGAUCCCUGGGCCCAUUGACGCUGCAUUCACACGCAUCAACUGCCAGGGGAAAUCCUACAUCUUUAAGGUAAAGAGGUCUAUCCCUCAAGAUCGUGAAGGGUUUAGAAGCACAAAUAAAAAGAGAAAGAAAGACAAGAAAGUGCAAUAAACUGUGAAUAAAGGUCCUUACACACCGGGACCGAUGCAAAUAUACAAUAUACGCAAAUUUUGACACGUCUGACUAUACACAUCAAGCGCGAUGUGAUUUUGCAAUAUUCCGAGUAGAAAAAAAGACGCGUCCCGGGUGGAAGCGAGAAGACCGACCCAACAGCAGACUGAUGCUGCGUCCGAAUUGCCAAGUAGUAGUCGAAGUAGUAUGUAGCAUGUCUGAAUAUUUGUCAUAUUUGCCCAAGUAAUCAUUUUAUGAGCAAAUAUGUGGCGACAUCAUGGAGGUAAAGCUCACUUAUUCCAUCAUUAAACUGCACAGCUGCAGUAAUCAGACAGAUCUCAUUGAACAAACGAUCACCACGUGAGUGAAUGAAGGCUAAAAGUAAUGGAAAAGCUACUUUGUGAAUUUCUAAAGCAGUGCAGGAAUAUAAUACAGCAUAUAAUACAAUUACCAUUCAAAGAGUCUAAAACGGGCGCAGUACCUACUCUCUGCCUGCGGGGGUCGUCUUUCCCCACCGCUCGUCUAGUGUGUCCAAAUUGGGCCAACGUGUUUAGUAUGUAGGAGUAGGAUCUAGCAGUUGUAUAUAGCAGUAGUAUGUAGUAUCCGAGCGGGAAAUUCGGACACAGUACGAGUGUUUUUCAGUUCUGAUUAGACUCUAGUGUUGAGAUGUCUGUCUGUCAUGAUAGCAUGGACUGAGUCGGGGCCAGGACCAGAUAAACACAUUAAACUAUAAUCCAUAAACGUAAGGGAACAACCGAGACCUAAUGGUGCUGUGACAGCAACGUGAUUGAGUUUGACACAGUGAAAAUACAUAUGGUAUGUUGUAUCUGAACAGAUUAGCUUACGAGCUAAAGUUACUUAGCACAGAUGAAAGUUCAAACAAAGACGUUUAUCAAACUGUUAAAGCUCACAAACCAUCGUCAUAUGAGAAAUCCGACGCUAUGACUCUCCACAUGUUGUCCUUCAGGUCAUUAUCUUUGUAAUGUUUGUGUCACUUAUCAAAAAUCACUCUGUUCUCCGACACGUAAACAAUCAGCCGGUCGGCCAUGUUGAAUAUACCGGUGAAUCUGACGUCGCAACAACACGAAAUCUGAUUGGUCAGAAGUGGACACACAGUAUGCGAAAGUUUCGAAAAUUCGAAUGUGAUAGGAAAAAAUAAAUGCGCAAUAUCGCAGGACGGGAAAACAUCGCUGAUGUGAACGCUUGUAUUGACAGGAUAUGGAUUUGAAAAAAAUAUUGACGUCCGAAAUAAUCGCAGAACAAAAACGCUCCCGGUGUGAAAGGACCUUAAGGCUUGCAGAUGCAUAAAAUGUUCGAUAUGAAUAGAUGUGUGUUAGUGUCUUCAUGUAACAGCAGCAGCAGCAUCAGACCUAAUGAGUGUGACCUCUUCGAAUUGACUCUGUCUCAGGGGAACAAGUACUGGAGGUUUGACGGAGACGUCUUGGAUGAGGACUACCCCCGGGACAUUUCAGUCGGCUUUGACGGCAUACCGGACGAUAUCGAUGCAGCAUUUGCAAUUCCAGCACCAAGUCACCGAGGCAGAGAGAAAGCCUACUUUUUUAAAGGUAAUCAGCAAAAGAAAACAGCGCAAGUCACUUGUGGAUUUUGGCUUCACUUUAGCACAACAGAAGGAGAUGGAGAUGCGUCAUCAGGUGUACAAGUGCGUCCCAUUCCUCCAAUAAUCAAGAGCGCAGUGCGCUUCAUCUAUACUUUAUCUGACAGUGAGGCUGCAGCUGGGCAGUAUGGUUGAGUUUAAAUCGCACAAUGCGUCAUGUAGGGGACGUUUUUUCCGACUUAAAGAGCUACAAAUUUGCUACUAAAGACAUUUUAAUGUUAAAAAGAUGUUUCAAAAAAGCAAAUGAAACUCCGCUGUUUGUUUCUGUUUUCAGGAGAGAAGUACCACCAGUAUGAAUUCAAGCAGCAGCCCUCGCAUGAAGAGUGUGUCCUCAUGAGCAGGUCCUCUCCAUCGGUGCUGUUCACACGAUACACUGACCUGUUCUGUGAUCAGACGUGGGAGGAUUUAUUUGCUGAGCUCUUUGGAGGCCCCUGUAAGGCUCUGAUGUGUCUAUGUGCUAUUUAGCGCGUCAUCUAUGCGUCUCAAAUUCUUGUUUGACCUUUGUGAAUGACUCCCCCCCAUUGCACAGUUCAUGAUCCUGAUCUUGCUUUUCAGAUAGCAGUCACGACAUAGGGGCACGUUACACCAGCAGGGACUGGCAUGGCAUCAGGUCCCCUGUCGAUGCUGCCAUGGUGGGACGGGUUUACCUCAGUCCCAAACCCACACCAUCCUCUCCUCCACCAUCGAGGAGGCGUGGCAGCCGGAGGAGGAGGCCAAACAGGAGACGCGGACAUCGAGGAAGGCAUAGCCGCCAUGUGUUGUUUGAUGAUUUCUGGGGUUAUGAUGACUGGUUUGACUACAGCCACUUCAGUGACAUGAUGGAAGAGAUGCCCACAGAGGAGCAGAAGAGCACCCCCGUUCAAAACGUGUACUUUUUCAAAAGAGGUACGAACACCUAAGGUCAUUUAUCCAUAAGUCUUAAUGUGUUCAUCAGAAAAAACAAUAACACACUAGAAUAAUGAUGUUAUUUAGAGCUCUUAUUUUUUUGCAUUAUUUUCUUUUCUGAACUGCAGAUAAAUACUACAGAGUGGAUCUGCAGACCAAACGUGUGGACUCUGCCAGCCCUCCUUACCCACGCUCCAUUGCAAAAUACUGGCUGGGCUGCAAACAAGAGGAUACAAGUGAUUCAUCAAGAGCAGAGAAAAAAUAGCCAGAUGAUGGAGUCUAUGAAGAGGAAAUGAUGAGAAAUGUAUAUUGUGUUUCCCUUUUCACAAGUCUAAAGUGUAGUAACAUUGUGGACCUGUAAUGUAGCUACUGCUGUUCUUGUGUUUAAAAAUUUUCUUUCUUUUUAUAGAUUAAAAGGUCAAAGUUCUGCAUGAUUUGACACUGCGACUUACAGUUUUGUUGCUGCACAUUUUAUGUUGUUUAGCUAUCAUAACUACCCUAUUUACCUUAUUACUAACUGUCAAAAUACAUGAACUGCAGACAAACCAGCACUCAAAACAAGUUUUCACACACUUAAAACAGCUCAAAUAUUAAAGGUUCAAGGUUUUGGAUUCUUGUAUAGAUGGUCAAAUCUGGUUCGAUUAAUCUACAUCCAAAAACAAAGCUGCAUUGUAGUCCUGUGACAAUGUUAUUUAUGGAACCUGUAUAUUUGAAGGAGCUGCGCCCUCUGUUGGACAAAAGGGAAGUUAAUCGGACAAUAUGCAUAAUAUCCCAGUUUUAAAGGCUUUUUUUUGUGUCUGUCAAUGGCAUUUAUGUUCUAGAGUCAAUUAAACAAUAAACUUGCCUCCCUUCCAGAAAUACUUCACAAUCUGUCCUUUAGUGUUUUUGGUUGUGGGCCUGUGACAAAUACAAA